UACACGUUUCGGUUUAAUCCUCAGCCUCGCCGCGAGACUUUCGGUCACCGCACAAGAGCAGGCGGGAAGCCGAGUCCAGGAAGAAAGGGGAAUGGAGAUCAGACCUGGUCUAUCAGCUCUGGUCACCGGCGCUGCCUCUGGAAUCGGCAAGGCGCUGAGUUUAGCUCUGGCGGGGAAGGGGGUAUUUGUCACAGUGGUUGAUUUAUCUGAAGAAAGAGGGAAGGAAGUUGUAUCCCUUAUCCAGAAAGAGCAUGCCAAGUUUCAUUCCAAGUUGGAUUUCCCAUCAACUCUCUUUGUGAGAUGUGAUGUAUCAAAUUCAAAAGAAUUAGCUGCUGCUUUUGACAAGCAUGUUGCGAUCUAUGGAGGGUUGGAUAUUUGUAUUAGCUGUGCUGGCAUUGGCAAUCCCAUACCAUUCCAAAAGGAUCAAACGGACGGCACUAAAUCGUGGAAGCUUGCUCUUAAUGUGAACCUAUCUGCUGUAGUUGACAGCACUCGCCUUGCGAUUAAAGCUAUGGAAGCCACAAGAAAACCUGGAGUCAUUAUAAAUCUGGGGUCUGCUUCAGGUCUUUAUCCAAUGUAUAACGAUCCUAUCUACUCUGGCUCCAAAGGUGGUGUUGUCAUGUUUACCAGGUCGCUUGUUCCAUAUAAACGCAAAGGUAUCCGCAUCAAUGUGCUUUGUCCCGAGUUCGUUGAAACUGAGAUGGGAUUAAAAGUGGAAUCUAAAUUCAUUGAUAUGAUGGGAGGUUUUGUUCCGAUGGAAAUGGUAAUAAAAGGUGCUUUUCAGCUUAUAACUGAUGAGAGCAAAGCUGGGUCUUGCCUAUGGAUUACGAAUCGGAGGGGAUUGGAAUAUUGGCCUACUCCUGCGGAAGAGGCAAAAUACUUGGUGCGCCCUUGGCAAUCUAAGAAAUCAGUAUUAUUCAAGGGCCCAGUAGACCUCCAACUUCCAGAGACUUAUGAGAAAUUAAUUGUUCAUACCUUAAGCCACAAUUUCCGCAAUGCUACUCGCAUCGUGCGCACUCCAUUGAAGUUACCGCUUGGACCACAUCAAGUUCUUGUUAAAAUCAUAUAUGCUGGGGUGAAUGCUAGUGAUGUGAACUUCAGUUCAGGGCGUUAUUUCUCUGGUGGCAACAAUGAUGUUAGCUCCAUGCUUCCACUUGAUGCUGGUUUUGAGGCAGUGGGCAUUGUUGCGUCACUGGGAGAAUCUGUUAAGGACUUGAAAGUUGGAACUCCUGCUGCUAUAAUGACUUUUGGAAGCUAUGCUGAAUUCACAGUGGUCUCUUCAAAACAUAUCCUCCCUGUACCAAGACCUGAUCCAGAAGUUGUUGCAAUGCUUACUUCAGGCUUAACAGCUUCAAUAGCUCUGGAUAAGGUUGGACAGAUGGAAUCUGGAAAAGGGGUCCUAGUAACUGCUGCUGCUGGAGGCACUGGGCAAUUCGCAGUCCAGCUUGCUAAGUUGGCUGGGAAUAAAGUGGUUGCAACCUGUGGAGGUCAGGAGAAGGCGAAGCUUUUGAAAGAUUUGGGAGUUGAUAGAGUCAUCGAUUACAGAGCCGAAAACAUCAAAACUGUCCUGAAAACCGAGUUCCCAAAAGGCCUCGACAUUAUCUAUGAAUCUGUUGGUGGAGACAUGUUUGAUUUAUGCUUGAAUGCUCUGGCAGUUUAUGGACGACUGAUUGUAAUCGGAAUGAUCUCUAAGUAUCAAGGAGAGCAUGGAUGGACUCCCUCGAAUUACACCGGGCUCUGCGAGAAGAUUCUAGCAAAAAGCCAGACCGUGGCUGGGUUUUUCCUGCUUAACUAUGCUCACCUAUGGCAAGAACACCUGGCCAAGCUGUUCGAACUUUUCUCCUCAGGAAAACUGAAGAUUUCAUUAGACCCCAAAAGUUUCAUCGGCGUCCACUCAGUUGCAGAUGCCGUUGAGUAUCUGCAUUCUGGUAAAAGUGUUGGCAAGGUGGUUGUCUGCAUUGAUCCAUCCUUCAGUCAAAAGAUUGCUAAGCUAUAGAAAUGUUUGUGGCAGCCCCCACGCUCCAGAACUAUGUUGUUUGUAUACAUACACGGGGACUACUGUUCUGAAUAAUUCUAUAAUGUAAGCAGACCAAAAGAGAAACAUAACUGGACUAUUUGUGCCGUCUUUUAAGAACGAACAUUCAUCUACGAUAAAGUAGACGUUGAACCGUUAGCUUGAUCUGGGUUGAUAAUCGUUAUACCGUUAUCAGCCAAUGACAAAAUCAGCAAUUUGUGCUGCAGUUGUUAGCUAGCUACAGCUACGAUUACAGGAUGGUUAGAGUGAAACUGGCGUUGUAGUUUUACUACAGAUUAAAACUCAAUAUCAGUCGUCACCUUGGGAAGGCUACCUUUUCUACAGCACAAAAUGGAUGCCUACUGUUUCCAGUGCCCAAAACAAAAUCCUCAUUUUCAGCUCCAAACUGGAUGCUACCUUCGACCUGCUCUGACUCGUUUGGAACGCCUCCUAGUGUCAUCCGUAUCAUCGUCUUCCUCGUUCUCGUUUUCGUUCUCCGCGUCUUCUGCCUCGUCCUGCUUUCCCUCCGAAUAUUCUUCGUCGUCCUCCUCAUCUUGGUUUUCCUUUUCUGAGUCGCCUCCAUCUUCACAUUGGUAGCUAAAGAACCUUCUUGCUUCCCAUAUUGGCUCCACUGGUCCUUCCUUGUAGCUAACAGCGGGCUUGUCCGCUAUUCGAGAUGACCUCCUUGUGCCAAACCUUCUUGCUUCCAUUAAUGGCUCCACUGGUCUCUGCCAGAAACCCCAGAAAUUUUCAGUGUAUCGAUCCAAAUCUCAAAUCAUGAACAGGGUAGAGAGAGAGAGAGAGAGAGAGAGAGAGAGAGAGAGAGUAGCACUCACUUCCUUGUAGCUAACAGUGGGAUUGUCCGCUAUUCGAGCCGACCUCCUCGCCGGAGCCAGCACCGCCGGCCGACGAGGUCUGGGUUUCGCAGGGGAAGGUUUGGCGGAGGGAUUAGAUUGGGGGCGAAGAUGCUUAGCGAGCUUCAGCAAGUUGAGGGCUUCCAUCCUCUUCUUGUUCUCUUCCACUCUCUGCCGCCGGAUUUCUUCGUAACUCGUCAGCUCCUUUUUCGAUCCCACCAUUGUGUAAUUUCUUCUUCAGCCGAAAGAUCUGAAGAUGAGCCUUCUGGCGGCGGAUUUCAGUCUCGCCGCUCCUUCUCGUUACGCAGCCGGCGGGAAGACCAAGUGACAGAGGAAAGGAGCGGCAAAUAAUGGGAAAUGGCAAC